GGUUGAAUGGCUUUUGCUGCUGUGACAGUUUGCUUGCAGACCCUUGAUCAGACUUUUAGUUCCAACCCUUUCUGAAUCUUGAUAAAGAUGAACGCUGUCAAUUUCUUUCUGAAAAACUUGGUAUUUUCCAGAGAUUUCUCGAGGAUUCAACAAAUAAGUGCGAUGAUGUUGAAACGGUGGAAGAUUUGGAGAGACGGAUUCGGGAUGUGUCUUAUAGAGCACAAGAUUAUGUUGAGGAAUUGGCUUUCUUUAGUUGGAAAGACAUGGACCUAUUGGAGUGUUACGAAAGGGUGUAUAGCACCAAAGGAUACUUGUCCCAAAUCGUAGACGAAAUUAAGUUGAUUGAAUUGGAAGUGAUGGUGAUCUAUGAGCAGAUGUCUUGUCAUGCAGAUGUUAAUGACUCUGAGAGUUAUUUGCUUGAAAGUUCACAGGAAAAAAGUCCGGCAGUACAAGACAUUGUGGUUGGCUUAGACGAUGAUGUGUUGGAAAUAAAAACGCGGCUUUGCUCUUUCUCGUCAAAGUUAGAGAUUGUCUCUCUUGUUGGUAUGGGUGGCAUUGGGAAAAGCACCCUUGCUAGAAUGGUUUAUGAUGAUCCCUUCAUUCAAUAUCACUUCAGUAUUCGUGCUUGGGUCACCGUGAAAGACCAUCGAGUGAAAGGAUUGUUUCUUGGUCUACUGGAUGGUAUUGUUGAGUUUACUGCUGAGAUUCAUGAGAAACACAGCGAGCAAUUGGAAGAAAUGUUGUAUAGAAAGUUAAAGCAUAAUCGGUAUCUCAUCGUCUUGGAUGAUGUGUGGUCCACAGAGGUUUGGGGUAAAAUAAGAAGGUGUUUCCCUGACGACAAGAAUGGAAGCCGGAUCUUGCUAACUACCCGACUUACGAAAGUGGCAUUGCAUGCUAAAUCUGACAGCGCUCCGUACUGCUUAAAGUUGUUGGAUUUGGAGGAAAGUUGGGAGCUUCUAUGUCAGAAGGUGUGUGGAAGAAAAUUCGACCGUCCAGAUUUAGAGGAUAUCGGAAAGAAGAUUGCAGGACGAUGCCAAGGUCUACCUCUAACAAUUCUUGUCGUGGCUGGCCAGCUAUCUAAGUUACCAAGGACUAGGAUGUGUUGGCAGAUUUUCGCAAAAACUGUCGGUUCAAUUGUUACCGAUGAGCACGAGAAAUGCUUAGAUAUACUUGCUUUGAGUUACAGAAACUUGCCACAU